GCAACAAAUUUUUUUUGGAAAUAUAGCCACCAUCUGAUCAUGCCGAGGAAGACAAGAACGUCGGAAAAGGCAAAGGCAGCUGCCGCAGCAGCUGCUGUAGCAGCUGCAAAAGAGCUGAGAAUUGUACAGGCUGCUGCUGCGGCAGGUAAAGAAGCACAAAUUCAAGCUGUGGUUAAGGAGCUUGACCCAAAUGCAAGGAAACAGAAUUACCGGGGUCUUGCAAAAGAGUUGAAUAUAAGCCCUUCCACCUUAUAUAGGCGCCUAAAGAAAAAUCAGCAAAAUAUAGUCGAUGGUCAUAAAUACAUAAAUACCGCAUUAACCAAGGAGGAAGAAAAUAGGUUGAAGCAAUACAUACUUGACGCAGAAGUAUGGGGUAUAAGCCCAAAUAAGCGUGCUGUGCAAUCCUUUGCAGCUGAAAUCAGGGCGAAACGGGAAAAUCCGCCUGAAGAGCCUAUGGUUUCGCUGAGAUGGGUAGAUAGGUUCUUGAACAGGCAAAACCUAUACACAGGGAUCGCUAAACCACUUGAGGCAGUUCGGUUCGAUGCACAGUAAAAAGUCAUAAAACUAGCUAAUUGGUAUAAACGCCUAGAA